AUUUAGUAAAUAUUCGGGGAAUUCAGCUUUCUCUCCUAUUUUUAUUCGAAUUUUCAUUAAAUUUCCACAGAAUUUACGAUUUUUCACCUGAUUUUCAAAAAAAUUGUUAUGAAUUCGACCUAAAAACGAUUGAAAAACUGAAAACUUCCACACGAUGAGUGAAGCAAAGAGCUCCAAAUCCGGCGGAAUCCCGAAACCGGCGAACAUUGAAUGCAAAAAUCUUCAGGAAUAUCUCAAAAGUCGUCCUCCAGAAGUGCUUGACAAAUUGUACAAUUAUCCAGCUAUUUGUCUUGCGGUUUAUCGUGAACUCCCCGAAAUUGCUCGUCAAUUCGUGAUCAGAAUCCUUUUUGUAGAACAACCUGUGCCAAAAGCUGUCGUCAGUAGUUGGGCUUCGCAAGUUUACGCGAAGGAACAUCAGCAUGCCUGCACUGUUCUCAGCGAUUUGUGCAUUUGGCGAACGAAUCAAAUCCCCGGAGGAUUGACAGCGUGGGAAUUAUCGACAAUUUUCAAAAAAAAUCUUAAAAUUGCUUUGCUAGGAGGAGGCAGACCAUGGUCGAUGGUGUCAUUGGAACAAGAUGCAAAAACGCGCGACGUUGAUUUCUUGGAUAAUUAUGCGAUGUCGCGUUGGCGAUGCGUUUUGCAUUACAUGGUCGGUGCAGGUUCGUCAUCGAAAGCAGCUGAUGCGAGUACCGAAGGAAUUUCCCCGGAUGCUGUUCGAAUUUUGCUUCAUGCGAAUCUCAUGAAACGCGAUGAAACCGACGGAACUCCCGUAAUCACGCGGCAAGGCUUUCAAUUUUUGCUGCUCGACACUCAGGCGCAAGUUUGGCACUUUAUGUUGCAAUAUUUGGAUACUUGCGAACAACGAGGCUUGGAAUUGGCGGAAUGUCUAUCGAUGUUGUUCCAAUUAAGCUUCUCCACAUUAGGCAAGGAUUACAGUUCGGAAGGUCUGAGUGCCGGAUUGCUAACAUUUUUGCAACAUUUACGCGAAUUUGGCUUAGUUUAUCAGCGAAAACGCAAAGAAGGACGUUUUUAUCCGACAAGACUGGCAUUGAACAUUACCUGCAAAGACAGUACCCCAUUAAUUCUGGAAGAAAAAGCCUCGCAAGAGAAGGGAUACAUUGUUGUCGAAACGAAUUAUCGAAUUUACGCGUACACAGAUUCAAAUCUUCAAGUUGCCUUGCUCGGACUUUUCACGGAACUCCUUUAUCGCUUUCCAAAUUUGGUUGUUGGCGUCUUAACGAGAGAUUCAGUGAGACAAGCGUUGCGCGGCGGCAUCACCGCAGACCAAAUAAUCAGUUAUUUGAGACAACAUGCACACACAAACAUGAUCCAGCAAGCAGAAGCGCAAAAACAGAAAAAUCCGUUGCCGCCAACAGUUGUCGAUCAAAUAAAAUUGUGGGAAAAUGAGAGAAAUCGAUUCACAUUCACGGAAGGCGUCGUUUACAACCAGUUCAUGAGUCAACAUGAAUUUAACGCGUUACGUGACUUUGCACAAUCGAACCAGUAUUUGCUGUGGCAGAACGAAAGGACUCGCACAAUUGUCGUUACGAAACAGGGGCAUGAUGAUGUUAAGAAAUUUUGGAAGCGUUACUCAAAGGGCGGCAAUUAGGAAUAAAAAACUGUUUAAAUAAAAAAGAAAAUAUCGAAUUUGAAU